AUGGAGCUGUUUCUGAUCGACGGAGCGAAGCCAGUUUUCAAGCCUAAGCGGCCAGUUCCAUUUCACUUACAGGGACUGGUCGAAAAAGAACUCAACCGAUUGCAGAAAUUAGGAGUGCUGGAGCCGGUCGACUACUCAGACUGGGCGGCACCUAUCGUGGCUGUUCGAAAGGCUCAGCGCGACGCAGAUGGAGAUCCGGUGGUCCGCAUUUGCGCGGAUUAUACAACGGAAUUAAACGCUAUGCUUAAGGCAAACAAGAACCCUCUUCCUACCCCCGACGACAUAUUCGCCAAGCUGGCAGGCUGUCAAUAUUUUAGUGUGAUUGACUUGUCAGACGCUUAUCUACAGAUGGAAGUAGAGGAAGACUCGCAGAAGCUGUUAACGAUGAACACCCACAAGGGGCUUUUCAAGGUCAAGCGUCUACCGCCGGGAGUGAAACCCGCUCCUAGGGCGUUCCAGAAGGUCGUUGACAACAUGCUCGGCAGCCAGGAAGGAGUUGCGUCGUUUCUCGAUGACGUGCUGGUAUUCGGUUGGACGAGCUCUGAACACGACCGAAAUUUAGAACAAACUCUGCAACGGAUCCAAGAUUUCGGUUUUCGGCUCAAAAUCGAAAAGUGCAAACUCUACAUGACGGAGGCGAAGUACCUGGGCCACAUCAUUGACCGCAACGGUAUCCGCACGGUCCCGGGGAAGGUGUCUGCCAUCUCUCCAGAUGCCACCGCCGAAGAAUCUCACCGAGCUGCGUUCAUUCUUGGGCGCCGUAAAUUAUUGCGCGAAGUUCAUCAAGGAGAUGCACCAGCUGCGUAG